AUGCCCUCUCUCUCUCUCUCUUUCUCUCUCUCUCUCUGUGUCUCUCUCUCUCUCUCUGUCUCUCUCUCUUAUACACACAUUCUUUCUUUCCCUCUUUCUUUCAAUCUCUGCCUUUCUUUCUCACAAUCUCUCUUCUUAUUUUGUUUUCCUUUGUGUCUCUCUGAGUUUGUAUCUCCUUUGUGUCUCUCUGAGUUUGUAUCUCCUUUGUGUCUCUCUGAGUUUGUAUCUCUUUUGUGUCUCUCUGAGUUUGUAUCUCCUUUGUGUCUCUUUUUAUUUGUAUCUCCUUUGCGUCUCUUUGAGUUUGUAUCUCCUUUGCGUCUCUUUGAGUUUGUAUCUCCUUUGUGUCUCUCUGAGUUUGUAUCUCCUUUGUGUCUCUUUGAGUUUGUAUCUCCUUUGCGUCUCUUUGAGUUUGUAUCUCCUUUGUGUCUUUCUGAGUUUGUAUCUCUUUUGUGUCUCUCUGAGUUUGUAUCUCCUUUGCGUCUCUUUGAGUUUGUAUCUCCAUUGUGUCUCUCUGAGUUUGUAUCUCCUUUGUGUCUCUUUGAGUUUGUAUCUCCUUUGUGUCUCUCUGAGUUUGUAUCUCCUUUGUGUCUCUUUGAGUUUGUAUCUCCUUUGUGUCGCUUUGAGUUUGUUUUCUUUUGUGUCUCUCUGAGUUUGUAUCUCUUUUGUGUCUCUCUGAGUUUGUAUCUCCUUUGCGUCUCUUUGAGUUUGUAUCUCCAUUGUGUCUCUCUGAGUUUGUAUCUCCUUUGCGUCUCUUUUAGUUUGUAUCUCUUUUGUGUCUCUUUGAGUUUGUAUCUCCUUUGUGUCUCUUUGAGUUUGUAUCUCCUUUGUGUCUCUUUGAGUUUGUAUCUCUUUUGUGUCUCUUUUAGUUUGUAUCUCCUUUGUGUCUCUUUGAGUUUGUAUCUCCUUUGUGUCUCUCUGAGUUUGUAUCUCCUUUGUGUCUCUUUUAGUUUGUAUCUCCUUUGUGUCUCUUUGAGUUUGUAUCUCCUUUGCGUCUCUUUGAGUUUGUAUCUCCUUUGCGUCUCUUUUAGUUUGUAUCUCCUUUGUGUCUCUUUGAGUUUGUAUCUCAUUUGUGUCUCUCUGAGUUUGUAUCUCCUUUGCGUCUCUUUGAGUUUGUAUCUCCUUUGCGUCUCUUUUAGUUUGUAUCUCCUUUGUGUCUCUUUUAGUUUGUAUCUCCUUUGUGUCUCUUUUAGUUUGUAUCUCCUUUGUGUCUCUUUGAUUUUUGUAUCUCCUUUGUGUCUCUCUGAGUUUGUAUCUCCUUUGUGUCUCUUGAGUUUGUAUCUCCUUUGUGUCUCUUUUGAGUUUGUAUCUCCUUUGUGUCUCUUUGAGUUUGUAUCUCCUUUGCGUCUCUUUGAGUUUGUAUCUCCUUUGUGUCUCUUUGAGUUUGUAUCUCCUUUGUGUCUCUUUGAGUUUGUAUCUCCUUUGUGUCUCUUUUUACUUUUUGUAUCUCCUUUGUGUCUCUUUGAGUUUGUAUCUCCUUUGUGUCUCUUUUGGUUUGUCUCUCCUUUGUGUCGCUUUGAGGUUUAUCUCCUUUGUGUCGUCUCUUUGAGUUUGUAUCUCCUUUGUGUCUCUUUUAGUUUGUAUCCUCCUUUGUGUCUCUUUGAGUUUGUAUCUCCUUUGUGUCUCUUUGAGUUUGUAUCUCCUUUGCGUCUCUUUGGUUUGUAUCUCCUUUGUGUCUCUCUGAGUUUGUAUCUCCUUUGCGUCUCUUUUAGUUUGUAUCUCCUUUGUGUCUCUUUGAGUUUGUAUCUCCUUUGUGUCUCUUUGAGUUUGUAUCUCCUUUGUGUCGCUUUGAUUUUGUAUCUCUUUUGUGUCUCUUUUGAGUUUGUAUCUCCUUUGUGUCUCUUUGAGUUUGUAUCUCCUUUGUGUCUCUUUUUUUGUAUCUCCUUUUGUGUCUCUUUGAGUUUGUAUCUCCUUUGUGUCUCUUUGAGUUUUUGUUUUUUAUCUCUUUUGUGUCUCUUUGAGUUUGUAUCUCCUUUGUGUCUCUUUGAGUUUGUAUCUCCUUUGUGUCUCUUUGAGUUUGUAUCUCCUUUGUGUCUCUUUUUUGAGUUUGUAUCUCCUUUGUGUCUCUUUUAUAUCUCUCUUUUGUGUCUCUUUGAGUUUGUAUCUCCUUUGUCUCUUUUGAGUUUGUAUCUCCUUUGUGUCUCUUUUAGUUUGUAUCUCCUUUGUGUCUCUUUUAGUUUGUAUCUCUUUUGUGUCUCUUUUAGUUUGUAUCUCUUAGUUGUCUCUUUGAGUUUGUAUCUCCUUUGUGUCUCUCUGAUUUUUAGUUUGUAUCUCUUUGUGUCUCCUGAGUUUGUUAUCUCUCCUUUGUGUCGCUUUGAGUUUGUAUCUCCUUUGUGUCUCUUUGAGUUUGUAUCUCUCCUUUGUGUCUCUUUGAGUUUGUAUCUCCUUUGUGUCUCUUUUAGUUUUGUAUCUCUUUGUGUCUCUUUGAGUUUGUAUCUCUUUGUGUCUCUUUGGUUUGUAUCUCCUUUGUGUCUCUUUGAGUUUGUAUCUCCUUUGUGUCUCUUUUUAGUUUGUAUCUCCUUUGUGUCUCUUUUAUUUGUAUCUCCUUUUGUGUCUUCUCUUCUUUUUGUCUCUCUUUGUGUCUUCUUUGAGUUUGUAUCUCCUUUGUGUCUCUUUGAGUUUGUAUCUCUCCUUUGUGUCUCUUUGAGUUUGUGUCUCCUUUUGUGUCUCUCUGGUUUUUUUGUAUCUCUUUGUGUCUCUUUGAGUUUGUAUCUCCUUUGCGUCUCUUUUGAGUUUGUAUCUCCUUUGUGUCUCUUUGAGUUUGUAUCUCCUUUGUGUCUCUUUGAGUUUUUAUCUCCUUUGUGUCUCUUUGAGUUUGUAUCUCCUUUUUGUCUCGUCUCCUUUGUGUCUCUUUUGUUUGUAUCUCUUUUGUGUCUCUUUGAUUUGUAUCUCCUUUGCGUCUCUUUGAUUUUUGUAUCUCCUUUGUGUCUCUUUGAGUUUUGUAUCUCUCCUUUGUUUGUCUUUUUGUUUUGUAUCUCCUUUUGCGUCUCUUUGAGUUUGUAUCUCCUUUGCGUCUCUUUGAGUUUGUAUCUCCUUUGUGUCUCUUUUAGUUUGUAUCUCCUUUGUGUCUCUUUUGAGUUUGUAUCUCUUUUGUGUCUCUUUUUAGUUUGUAUCUCUUUUGUCUCUCUGAGUUUGUAUUCUUUGCGUCUCUUUGAGUUUGUAUCUCCUUUGUGUCUCUUUGAGUUUGUAUCUCCUUUGUGUCUCUUUUUAGUUUGUAUCUCUUUUUGUGUCUCUUUUGAGUUUGUAUCUCCUUUGUGUCUCUUUGAGUUUGUAUCUCCUUUGUGUCGCUCUGAUUUUGUAUCUCUUUUGUGUCUCUUUGAGUUUGUAUCUCUUUGUGUCUCUUUUCUUUUGUAUCUCUUUUGUCUCUUUGAGUUUGUAUCUCCUUUGUGUCUCUUUGAUCUCUCUUUUGUAUCUCCUUUGUGUCUCUCUGAGUUUGUAUCUUCUUUGUGUCUCUUUGAGUUUGUAUCUCUUUGUGUCUCUUUGAGUUUGUAUCUCUUUUGUUUGUCUUUUGAGUUUUAUCUCUUUUGUGUCUCUUUGAGUUUGUAUCUUUGCGUCUCUUUGUUUGUCUCUCUGAUUUGUAUCUCUUUGUGUCUCUUUGAGUUUGUAUCUCCUUUGUGUCUCUUUUUAUUCUCCUUUGUGUCUCUCUCUGAAUUUGUAUCUCUUUCGUUUGAGUUUGUAUCUCCAUUGUGUCUCUCUGUGUUUGUAUCUCCUUUUGCGUCUCUUUUAUUUGUAUCUCCUUUGUGUCUCUCUGAGUUUGUAUCUCCUUUGUGUCUCUCUGAGUUUGUAUCUCUCUUUGCGUCUCUUUUUCUCCUUUGUAUCUUGAGUUUGUGUCUCUUUGAUUUGUAUCUCUUUUUGUCUCUCUCUGAGUUUUGUAUCUCCUUUUGUGUCUCUUUGAGUUUGUAUCUCUUUUUGUCUCUUUUUAGUUUGUAUCUCCUUUGUGUCUCUUUUGAGUUUUAUCUCCUUUGCGUCUCUUUGAGUUUGUAUCUCCUUUGUGUCUCUUUGAGUUUGUAUCUCCUUUUUGCGUCUCUUUUAUUUGUAUCUCCUUUGUGUCUCUUUGAGUUUGUAUCUCCUUUGUCUCUCUUUUGUGUCUCUUUUGUGUCUCUUGAGUUUGUAUCUUCUUUGUGUCUCUUUGAUUUGUAUCUCCUUUGUGUCUCUUUGAGUUUGUAUUCUUUUUGUGUCUCUCUGAGUUUGUAUCUCCUUUGUUUGUCUCUUGAGUUUGUAUCUCUCUUAGUUUGUCUCUUUGUCUCUCUGUGUUUGUAUCUCCUUUGUGUCUCUUUAGUUUGUAUCUCCUUUUGUGUCUCUCUGAUUUGUAUCUCCCUUUGCGUCUCUUUGAGUUUUGUAUCUCUUUUGUUUCUCUCUUUUGUCUCCUUUGUAUCUCCUCUUGUUUGUAUCUCUUUGCGUCUCUCUGAGUUUGUAUCUCCUUUGUGUCUCUUUGAGUUUGUAUCUCCUUUGUGUCUCUUUUUUUUAGUUUUUGUCUCCUCCUUUGUCUCUCUGAUUUGUAUCUUCUUUCGUCUCUUUGAGUUUGUAUCUCUUUGUGUCUCUCUUUGUUUGUAUCUCCUUUGCGUCUCUUUGAGUUUGUAUCUCCUUUGUGUCUCUCUGAGUUUGUAUCUCCUUUGCGUCUCUCUUAGUUUUGUAUCUCCUUUGUGUCUCUCUGAGUUUGUAUCUCUUUGUGUCUCUUUGAGUUUGUAUCUCCUUUGUGUCUCUUUGAGUUUGUAUCUCUUUGUGUCUCUCUGCGUUUUGUAUCUUUUUUGUGUCUCUUUGAGUUUGUAUCUCUUUUUGUGUCUCUCUGAGUUUGUAUCUCCUUUGUUUGUCUCUUUUAGUUUGUAUCUCCUUUGUCUCUCUCUGAUUUGUCUCUCUUUGCGUCUCUUUUUAGUUUGUAUCUCUUUUGUGUCUCUCUCUGAGUUUUAUCUCCUUUGUGUCUCUCUGAGUUUGUAUUUUCUUUGUGUCUCUCUGAUUUGUAUCUCCUUUGUGUCUCUUUUGAGUUUGUAUCUCCUUUGUGUCUCUCUGAGUUUGUAUCUCCUUUGUGUCUCUCUGAGUUUGUAUCUCCUUUGCGUCUCUUUGAGUUUGUAUCUCCUUUUGUGUCUCUCUGAGUUUGUAUCUCCUUUGCGUCUCUCUGAGUUUGUAUCUCUUUUGUGUCUCUAUGAGUUUGUAUCUCCUUUGCGUCUCUUUGAGUUUGUAUCUCCUUUUGUGUCUCUUGAGUUUGUAUCUCUUUUGUGUCUUUUGUUUGUAUCUCCUUUGUGUCUCUCUGAGUUUGUAUCUCCUUUGUGUCUCUCUGGUUUGUAUCUCCUUUGUGUCUCUCUGAUUUUGUAUCUCUUUUUGUCUCUUUUUGAGUUUGUAUCACUUUGUGUCUCUUUGAGUUUGUAUCUCCUUUGCGUCUCUCUGAGUUUGUAUCUCCUUUGCGUCUCUCUGAGUUUGUAUCUCCUUUGUGUCUCUCUGAGUUUGUAUCUCCUUUGUGUCUCUUUUAGUUUGUAUCUCCUUUGUGUCUCUCUGAGUUUGUAUCUCCUUUGUGUCUCUCUGAUUUGUAUCUCCUUUGUGUCUCUCUUAGUUUGUAUCUCCCUUUGUCUCUUUGAGUUUGUAUCUCCUUUGCGUCUCUUUGAGUUUGUAUCUCCUUUUCGUGUCUCUUUGAGUUUUUUGUAUCUCCUUUGUCUCUCUCUGAGUUUUUAUUUCCUUUGUGUCUCUCUGAGUUUGUAUCUACUUUUGCGUCUCUCUGAGUUUGUAUCUCCUUUGCGUCUCUUUGAGUUUUUUGUAUCUCCUUUGUGUCUCUUUGAGUUUGUAUCUCCUUUGUCUCUUUUGAGUUUGUAUCUCUUUUGUGUCUCUCUGAGUUUUGUAUCUCCUUUGUGUCUCUUUGAGUUUGUAUCUCCUUUGUGUCUCUUUGUGUUUGUAUCUCUUUGUGCGUCUCUUUGUUUUUGUAUCUCCUUUGUGUCUCUCUGUUUGUAUCUCCUUUGUGUCUCUCUGAGUUUGUAUCUCCUUUGUGUCUCUCUUUUUUUGAGUUUGUAUCUCCUUUGUGUCUCUCUGAGUUUGUAUCUCCUUUGCGUCUCUCUUUUUGUAUCUCCUUUGCGUCUCUUUGAGUUUUAUCUCUUUUCUGUCUCUCUUGAGUUUGUAUCUCCUUUGCGUCUCUUUGAGUUUUGUAUCUCUUUUUGUGUCUCUCUGAGUUUGUAUCUCCUUUGUGUCUCUCUCUUUGAGUUUUAUGUCUCUCUGUGUUUGUAUCUUUGUGUCUCUCUGAGUUUGUAUCUCCUUUGCGUCUCUCUGUCUCUUUUGCUUUUCUCUCUGAGUUUGUAUCUCCCUUUGUGUCUCUCCUGUUUGUCUCUUUGUGUCCCUCUUGAGUUUUGUAUCUCCUUUGUAUCUGUCUCUCUUUGUUUGUAUCUUCUUUGUCUCUCUCUGAGUUUGUAUCUCCUUUGUGUCUCUCUGAGUUUGUAUCUCCUUUGUGUCUCUCUGAGUUUGUAUCUUCUUUUGUCUCUCUUUGAUUUGUAUCUCCUUUGUGUCUCUUUGGUUUGUAUCUCCUUUUGUCUCUCUGAGUUUUUAUCUCCUUUGCGUCUCUCUCUGAGUUUGUAUCUACUUUGCGUCUCUCUGAGUUUGUAUCUCCUUGGCGUCUCUUUUUUGUCUCCCUUGUGUUUGUAUGUCUUCUUUGUGUCUCCUAUUUGUAUUUUCCUUUGUGUCUCUCUGAGUUUGUAUCUCCUUUGUCUUUUUGUCUCUUUGUGUCUCUCUGUGUUUGUGUCUCCUUUGUGUCUCUCUGAGUUUGUAUCUCCUUUGUGUCUCUCUGAGUUUGUAUCUCCUUUGCGUCUCUUUGAGUUUGUAUCUCUCUGUCUUUUAUCUCUUUGCGUCUCUUUGAAUUUGUAUCUCCCUUUGUGUCUCUUUGAUUUGUAUCUCCUUUGUGUCUCUCUGAGUUUGUAUCUCCUUUGUGUCUCUCUGAGUUUGGUAUCUCUCUUUGCGUCUCUCUCUGAGUUUGUAUCUCCUUUGCGUCUCUUUGAGUUUGUAUCUCCUUUGUGUCUCUCUUAUUUGUAUCUCCUUUGUGUCUCUCUGAGUUUGUAUCUCCUUUGCGUCUCUUUUGAGUUUGUAUCUCCUUUUUGCGUCUCUCUGAGUUUGUAUCUCCUUUGUGUCUCUUUUGAGUUUGUGUCUCCUUUGUGUCUCUCUGAGUUUGUAUCUCCUUUGCGUCUCUCUGAGUUUUUUGUAUCUCCUUUGCGUCUCUCUGAGUUUGUAUCUCCUUUGCCUCUCUCUGAGUUUGUAUCUCCUUUUGUCUCUCUCUUUUUUCUCUUCUUUUUGUGUCUGUCUGAGUUUGUAUCUCCUUUGCGUCUCUCUGAGUUUGUAUCUCCUUUGUGUCUCUCUUUGUCUUUGUAUCUCCUUUGCGUCUCUCUGAGUUUGUAUCUCCUUUGCGUCUCUUUGAAUUUGUAUCUCCUUUGCUUUUAUUUCUUUUGCGUCUCUCUGAGUUUGUAUCUCCUUUUCUUUUGUCUCUCUCUGAGUUUGUAUCUCCUUUGUGUCUCUUUGAGUUUGUAUCUCUUUUCGUCUCUCUUUUGUUUUGAAUCUCAUUUGCGUCUCUCUGAGUUUGUAUCUCCUUUGCGUCUCUCUUUGAGUUUGUAUCUCCUUUGUGUCUCUCUUUUGUAUCUCCCUUUGCGUCUUGAGUUUGUAUCUUCUUUUUGUCUCUCUGAGUUUGUAUCUCCUUUCUCUUUUUGUCUCUCUGAUUUGUAUCUCCUUUGCGUCUCUUUUGAGUUUGUAUCUCUUUUGUGUCUCUCUGAGUUUGUCUUUUAUGUCUUUUUUUGCGUCUCUCUGAGUUUGUAUCUCCUUUGUCUCUCUUUGAGUUUGUAUCACCUUUGUGUCUCUCUGAGUUUGUAUCUCCUUUGUCUCUCUGAGUUUUUUGUAUCUCCUUUGUGUCUCUUUGAGUUUGUAUCUCCUUUUUCUCUCUCUGAGUUUGUAUUUUCUUUGUGUCUCUCUGAGUUUGUAUCUCCUUUGUGUCUCUCUGAGUUUGUAUCUCAUUUGUGUCUCUCUGUGUUUGUAUCUCCUUUGCGUCUCCCUGAGUUUGUAUCUCUUUGCCUCUCUGAUUUAUCUCCUUGUGUCUCUCUGAGUUUGCAUCUCCUUUGUGUCUCUCUUGAGUUUGUAUCUCCUUUGUGUCUAUCUGAUUUGUAUCUCAUUUUUGUCUCUCUGUGUAUUCCUUUGAGUUUGUCUCUUUUUGUUUCUGAGUUUCUCCUUUGUUUCUCUCUGAGUUUGUAUCUCCUUUGUGUCUCUCUGUGUUUGUAUCUCCUUUGCUUUGUUUCCUUUAUCUCUUUUUGUCUCUCUUUGAGUUUGAGUUCUGUAUCUCCUUUCUCUCUGAGUUUGUAUCUCCUUUGUGUCUCUCUUAGUUUGUAUCUCCUUUGUGUCUCUCUGAGUUUGUAUCUCCUUUGCGUCUAUCUGAUUUGUAUCUCUUUGUGUCUCUCUGAGUUUGUAUCUCCUUUGUGUCUCUCUGAGUUUGUAUCUCCUUUGCGUCUAUCUGAGUUUGUAUCUCCUUUGCGUCUCUUUGAGUUUGUAUCUCCUUUGCGUCUCUUUGAGUUUGUAUCUCUUUUUGUUUGUCUCUCUUUUGUAUCUCCUUUUGUCUCUCUGAGUUUGUAUCUCCUUUGUGUCUCUCUGAGUUUGUAUCUCCUUUGUGUCUCUCUGAGUUUGUAUCUCCUUUGUGCCUCUCUGUGUUUGUAUCUCCUUUGCGUCUCUGAGUCUGAUCUCCUUUUGUCUCUCCUUUGCGUCUCUCUGAGUUUUUUGUAUCUCCUUUUGCGUCUCUCUGAAUUUGUAUUCUCCUUUGUGUCUCUCUUAGUUUGUAUCUCUUUUUGCGUCUCUCUGAGUUUGUUUGCGUCUCUCUGGGUUUGUAUCUCCUUUGCGUCUCUUGAGUUUUUAUCUCCUUUGUGUCUCUCUGAGUUUGUAUCUCCUUUGCGUCUCUCUGAGUUUGUAUCUCCUUUGCGUCUCUCUGAUUUGUAUCUCCUUUGUGUCUCUCUGAGUUUGUAUCUCCUUUGUGUCUCUCUGAGUUUGUAUCUCCUUUGCGUCUCUCUGAGUUGGUAUCUCCUUUGCGUCUCUCUGAGUUGGUAUCUCCUUUGCGUCUCUUUUACUUUGUAUCUCCUUUGCGUCUCUCUGAGUUUGUGUCUCCUUUGUGUCUCUCUGAAUUUGUAUCUUCUUUUGCGUCUCCCUGAGUUUGUAUCUCCUUUGCGUCUCUUUGAUUUUGUAUCUCCUUUGCGUCUCUUUUAUUUGUAUCUCCUUUGCGUCUCUCUGAGUUUGUAUCGCCUUUGUGUCUCUCUGAGUUUGUAUCUUCUUUUGCGUCUCUCUGAGUUUGUAUCUCCUUUGCGUCUCUCUGAGUUUGUAUCUCCUUUGUGCCUCUCUGAGUUUGUAUCUCCUUUGUGCCUCUCUGUGUUUGUAUCUCCUUUGCGUCUAUCUGAUUUGUAUCUCUUUUGUGUCUCUCUGAGUUUGUAUCUCCUUUGUGUCUCUCUGAGUUUGUAUCUCCUUUGUGUCUCUCUGAGUUUGUAUCUCCUUUGUGCCUCUCUGUAUUUGUAUCUUCUUUUGCGUCUCUCUGAGUUUGUAUCUCCUUUGCGUCUCUCUGAUUUGUAUCUCUUUUGCGUCUCUUUGAGUUUGUAUCUCCUUUGUGUCUCUCUGAGUUUGUAUCUCCUUUGUGUCUCUCUGUGUUUGUAUCUCCUUUGUGCCUCUCUGAGUUUGUAUCUCCUUUGUGCCUCUCUGUGUUUGUAUCUCCUUUGCGUCUAUCUGAGUUUGUAUCUCCUUUGCGUCUCUUUUAGUUUGUAUCUCUUUUGUGUCUCUUUGAGUUUGUAUCUCCUUUGCGUCUCUUUUAGUUUGUAUCUCUUUUGUGUCUCCCUGAGUUUGUAUCUCCUUUGUGUCUCUCUGAGUUUGUAUCUCCUUUGUGCCUCUCUGUGUUUGUAUCUUCUUUUGCGUCUCUCUGAGUUUGUAUCUCCUUUGCGUCUCUCUGAGUUUGUAUCUCCUUUGCGUCUCUCUGAUUUGUAUCUCUUUUGUGUCUCUCUGAGUUUGUAUCUCCUUUGUGUCUCUCUGAGUUUGUAUCUCCUUUGUGUCUCUCUGAGUUUGUAUCUCCUUUGUGCCUCUCUGUGUUUGUAUCUUCUUUUGCGUCUCUCUGAGUUUGUAUCUCCUUUGCGUCUCUCUGAGUUGGUAUCUCCUUUGCGUCUCUCUGAGUUUGUAUCUCCUUUGCGUCUCUCUGAGUUUGUAUCUCCUUUGUGUCUCUCUGAGUUUUUUGUAUCUCCUUUGCGUCUCUCUGAGUUUGUAUCUCCUUUGCGUCUCUCUGAGUUUGUAUCUCCUUUGCGUCUCUCUGAGUUUGUAUCUCCUUUGCGUCUCUCUGAGUUUGUAUCUCUUUUGCGUCUCUUUGAGUUUGUAUCUCUUUUGUGUCUUUCUUACUUUGUAUCUCCUUUGUGCGUGUAA